GUUGAAAAUAGAAUGGGACCAACAGCUGCCAGAGGAAUUGUCAAAUAGAUGGUAUACAUUUUACAAAGAGUUUAAUGAUCUAAGUUAUCUACCUAUUCCGAGAAAGUGUAUACCGUACCAAUCUGUGGAAGUUGAAAUCCAUGGGUUUUGCGACGCAUCGGAAGAGGCCUAUGGAUCUGCAAUCUACGUACGAAGUAAGGAUUAUACUGGCUGCUGGCACUCCCGAUUACUAUGUGCGAGGACGCGUGUCGCGCCAUUAAAAGGCUCGACAAUACCAAGGCUUGAGCUGGGAGGAGCAUUAACACUCACUCAGUUAUCGAUAAAAGUGUCCGAGGCCUUAGAGAUGGAUGUUAAAAAAUUCUACUUAUGGACUGAUUCGAUGGUAGUACUUGGAUGGCUAAAUUCACAAACUUGUAGAUUAAAAACAUUCGUGGCCAACCGGGUAGAAGAGAUUCUAGAAACUACGCAGCCAGAGCAAUGGAGGCAUGUAGUAACAAGCGAAAAUCCAGCUGAUAUUCUCUCUCGAGGUACAACGCCGAAUAAUCUUCAGAGCAUGAACCUAUGGUGGCAGGGACCACAUUGGUUAGCGUCAGAGUCAGAUGAAUUUAAGAAAUCAAUCAUUACAAACCAGAAUCAGGACCUGCCGGAGCAGCGCAAGGUUAAGCUAGCAUUGUUGGCAGUGAAUCCGCUAGGCAACCUUUUCCAGCACUAUUCCAAUUGGCGGAAUCUGCUAUGUGCAGUGGCAUGGAUUUCGAGGUUCCUAAGAUAUCUAAGGGCGAAAAAGAACUUAGAUGUGCCCAAAUAUCUAACCGUAUCUGAGCUUAAAUCAGCGGAGAUAACAGUACUAAAGCAGGUACAGCAGGAGGUGUUUGCAAGAGAGAUGUUGGAACUGGAAAAGGGUAAUGAUUUAGGAAGAAAUAGCAAGCUAAAGGGACUCUCACCGUAUUUAGAAGACGGCUUGAUCUUAGUUGUUGGACGAUUAGGACACGCCCAAAUCCCUGAGCGCCAAAAGCACCCAAUAGUUUUGCCUAAUGGUCAUAGAGUAUCGAAGCUAAUUUUCGAGAAUAAACAUCGAGAACUUUUACAUUGUGGGCCACAGUCACUACUGGCUGACAUCAGACGUGUAUACUGGCCAAUUAAGGGACGGAUUACAGCACGGUCAGUCAUAUCAAAAUGUGUAAGAUGUGCUAGGGCAAAGCCACAAUUUGCACAACCCCUAAUGGGACAACUGCCACAGCAAAGAGUCAAUGUCUCACCACCGUUCGCUGUAACAGGUGUUGACUUUGCAGGGCCAUUAAUUGUUCGAAGUGGAGUACGUCGAAUUGUCGGAACAAAGGCCUGGAUAUCACUAUUUGUGUGUUUUUCAACUAGAGCUAUUCAUUUAGAGGUAGUGGAGAAUCUAUCUAGUAGUGCCUUUGUAGCAGCACUUAGGCGUUUAAUGGCACGGAGAGGACGUUGUGUGAAAAUAUAUAGUGACAAUGGGACUAACUUCGUGGGCGCUCAGAAGGAGCUCAACAUUCCAAUUCAACAAAGUAUACCUGUAUUAGCCAAGGAAGGUAUUGAAUGGCAUUUCAACCCGCCCUCUGCCCCACAUUUUGGCGGCUUAUGGGAAAGUGCGGUCAAAAGUGCUAAACACCAUUUAACUCGUAUGCUUGGUGAAACCAAGCUCACUAUAGGCGAGCUUAAUACCUUACUGUGCCAGGUCGAGGCAUGUUUAAACUCGCGACCGAUCACACCAAUGAGUCAUGAUCCUUCAGAGCUAGAAGCACUGACCCCAGCUCACUUCCUAAUUGGAAGGCCCAUCACGUUAAUGCCUGAAGUAGACCUGACACAAGAUAAUCCAGGAGGCAAGCGCAGAUGGAAAUACGUACAACACUCAAGUCAAACAUUUUGGAAAAGAUGGCAUGCAGAAUAUUUACCACAAAUGCAAGUUCGAGGAAAAUGGACAACAAAAAAGGGAUCAUUGAAGAUUGAUGAUAUUGUUAUAAUAAAGGAAGAUCAUGUACCACCUACCAAAUGGAAGCUUGGCAGAGUCAUUAAGGUCCAUCCAGGAGUAGAUGGAGAAAUCCGAGUGGUUACAGUACGAAUUGGUUCAGGAACAGAAAUGAAAAGGCCAACAGUAAAACUAUGCCGACUCCCAACAGACAAAGACAUAAAUGUAGAUGCAGACAAAGAGUUAGUUGAAAAAUAAAUUUUCAACGCGGGGGAGAAUGUUGACGCCGCAACAUAGUAGGUAGCAAGUAAUAUAUUAAGAAUUUAAUUAUCACUAGUCACGGAGGAACAGCUGGUCUCACACACAUAUCACGUUAUUUGUAUUGUUUUAUUUUUGUAUUGAAUGUGUCUUGUGAGUUAUAUAAUAUGCAGAUUAAACGUUAUCGCCAGCCGCCGCGCUGUCUACG